AUGCUGAGUCACUGGGCCAAGCGCUAUAGAAGUGUCCUCUACCGCCCAUCUACAAUCUGCGACGCCGCCAUCGACCGACUCCCUCAAGUGAAAACUAACAAUGACCUGGAUCUGCCAGUUUUCUUCCAGAAAGGAUCCGAGCCCUGCACCAACGUCCCAGCAGGAAAGCACAGGCGUCUGACGCGAUUCUCACAGGUCUGCGGGCACGGCGGCCCCUGAAUAAUGGACUAAGUCACAAUGCCGCUCCAGGUGGUGUGACUCCAAAAACAAGUUCCUCAAGAUUUCAAGGAUGUGACAACCGUUCAUCUCUAUAAGUGAAAAGAGAACCGGCAACUCUGAUAACCACAGGGGAAUCUCGCUGGUCAACAUCGUCGGGAAGAUCUUCGCUAGGACCCCCCUUGCUAGGCCACCUCAGGAGACUUCUAUCGAAAAGUCGGUGUGGCUUUCGAAGCCAUUGCCGAACCAUCGAGGUGAUCUUCGUUGCCCACCGGCUGCAAAAGAAGUGUCAGGAGAUAUUGGGCUCACCUCUGCAACAUCUUACUUGAUCUGACGAAAGCUUUCAACAUGAUUCGCGACAGAGUCUGGAAAAUUAAGCAGAAAUUCAGCUGUCCUGAGGUCGAGGCGUGCCAACUUAAUGACGGGACGGUGGCGCGCGUCACGAAGAGUUAGACCGUCUCAUAAGAAUUUGCAGUAACCACCGGAGUGAACAGGGCUGCGUACUCGCCUUUAACCCCUUCAGCCUCGUGUUUUCUGCCAUGCUGAUGAACGCCUACCACGAUGAGCACCCCGAAAUCCGCACUGUCUACAGGACAGACAACCAUCUUCUCAAUAGCCAGCUCACGCACACCCCAACGCGCCUAUCCACGACCACUGUUCACAAUCUGUUCUUCGCUGACGACGGCGCGCUCAACAUCGUGACAGAAGAGGUUACGCAAAAAAGCAUGGAACAUUUCGCCGUCGGCUGCGUCAACUCUGAGCUGACCAUCAAUGCGGACAAAGCAGUGGUCAUGCAUCAGCCGCCAGCCAAAACUGAUUGCAACGUUCCUCGCAUUUCUGUCUACGGCAUCUAAGUGAAAACCGUGGACGAUUUCGCCUAUUUGGGCGGCACACUCCAACGCACCACCAAAGUCGAUGAUGAAGUGGUCCACUAGAUCUCAAAAGCCAGCCAAGCACUUGGCCAAGUACAGGACUCAGUGCGGGAUCUCCACGGCCUCUGUGUCAAUGCAGAGCCCAAGAUGUAAAGUGCUGUCAUCUUGGCGACAUUGCCGUUUGGAGUGGAGGCCUGGGCUGUCUACGUCAAUUAAGCUAGAAAUCUAAAUCACUUCAGCCUCGGCUGUUUCUGGUGAAUUCUGAAGCCGAACUGAUAAGACGUGAUCCCCGACAUGGGAGGCUUGGAAAGGUCCGGAACCAUCGAGAUGAUCUUCGUCGCCCACCAGUUUCAAGAGGGGCCAGGAGGUGCGGACCCACUUCUAUACAGUCUUCGUGGGCUUCAUAAAGGCCUUCGACACGAUGAAUCGCGGUAAAUUCAGGAAAGUCAUGCAGAAAUUCAGCUGUCCUAACCGAUCUACGCACGUGAUGAGUUAAUUUCAUGAGACGAUGAUGGCGCGCGUCAUGGGCAACAGGACUGUCUUACAAACAUUUGCAGUCAUCAACGGAGUGAAGCAGGGCUGCGUACUAAUCCCCAACCCUCUUCGGCUUCAUGUUCGUUGACAUGCUGAUGGACUCCUACCGUGAUAAGCAUCCCGGGAUCCGCAUUGCUUACAGGGCCUGCGGCCAUCUCAACAGCCGGUGCAUGCAGGCCUCAGUGCGUCUCUCUACCACCACUGUCCACUCAACAUCGAGACCGAAGCUAACAAGCAACGGAACAUAAAACUCUUCGCCCUCGGCCGCACCAACUUCGAGCUGACCAUCAACAUGGGUAACACGGUGGUCACGUGCCAAUUGUCACCUAACGCUGCAUACAGUGCUCCUCACAUCCACGUCAGCGGCACCCAGCAGGAGACCGUGGAUGACUUCGCCUACUUAGGCGGCACACUCUCACACUGCGUCAAAAUCGACGACAACGUGGCUUACUGGAUCUCCAAAACCAGCCAAGCUUUCGUCCAUCUACAGAACUCCGCAUGGAAUCGCCACGGUCUCCACCUUAACACAAAACUGAAGAUGCACAAAGCGGUCGUUUUGACGCCUUUGCUCUAUGGCACGGAGACUUGGGCAGUCUACGAGAAACAAGCUUGGAAAUUCAAUCACUUCCACCUCAGUUGUUUCCGGCGGAGAGUAAAGCCUAAGUGGUCGGACAGGAUCCUGGACACAGAAGUUCUGGAACGGACCGGAACCCUCAGCUGCCACACCAUGCUGAGACAAAUGUAA